AUGGAUGCGACACAUAGCGUUGGCGGUGCAACUUCCGUGGCUGCUCUCAACGAGUCGGCGCGAUCUCUGCCAGUCGUACAUGACUCUGUGCCGACUUCAACAUCGCCAGCCACAACACAACAUGCGCCUGCUGUUGACAACUUCUUCGACUAUGCAGGAUUCAUGUGGGAUAAUACUGAGUGGUGGCAGCAGUUUCAGCCUCCUGACGCGUUACUGCCCAACAACCAAGUCGAUCAGACCAUCUCCAAUUUGUUCAGCUCGCCCAGUACAAACUCGCCAUCUUUCAUAGUCGCUAAUGAGGCACGCCAAACUGAACGUAUCGUCAUGUAUCAUACUCAGGGUGGAAACACGCAAGCGGAAAGAGCGCAGGACUACAUGCAGACAAACACAGGUGAUCAGUUCUUGCUCGAUUACUUUGUCCAUAGCACUGUCCCUCCAAUACUGGCACCGGUCGAGACACAGCAGCAAUGGGCCUCAAUGCGACGACAUCUUCUCGUCAUGGCCCAAGAGUCGUCAAUGGUACGCUCUGCACUUCUCAGCUUCUCCGAUCUGCUGGUACGUCGCCGUCGCCAAAACGUGACCACCUCCACCGCAGGGCAAGUGCACCAUCAAGAAUCAGUUCGAGAACUGUCCGAGUAUACUGGAGAUCCCGAGUCAAGGCAACCAAAACGUGAGCACCUUUUAGCGACUUGUUUCUUUCUGAGCUACGUCGACAUACUCGAAGGUCGGACGGAAGCAGCGCAUGGCAGCUUGAAGAUUGCAUACCACAUAUUUGACAAGGGCGAGAAGGCGAACUUCAGCCCUCUAGAGAUACGCACUCUCUCCUGGAUCAGGUUGCUGGAUGGGAGAGCUGUCUCUGCUGGUGGUGAGGGCUUGUUCUUGUCUGAUGAUGAGGCGACAGAAAUGCUCGUGCAGCCCUCACCAGCCGGCUUGGAUUGUUUGCCGGGUGACACGGACGCCACAAAUAACGCCGACCAAAGCGCCGAGAUUGAGGAUGCUCUCUUCCAAGCACUCUAUCAACCAGGCGCUGUGUUCUUCCAGAAGGUGCAGUCAUUCAUGGGUCGCAUAUCAAAGAUCGAUCCAUGGCAUAGAAGUCGAGGUACGGUAGCAGAUGAAACCGAAGUGAUGAUUGUUGCUGCCAAGAUCACUCGAGAUCUCGACAAGCUGUUCGAUAGCCGACCUCGACUCAUGGACUAUGCAGCAAAAGGCCAACUUACACCACAGUAUCUCAGCCCUCACCUUUCCCAUACCAUCACUCGAGCCUUUCGAACCUAUGCAAGUAACUUCUAUGCAAGCAAAGUACAUCUUCACCGAGUCGCAUACAAGACGCUGCCUUUGGCUAUGGAUACCGUGCUUGCGCUUGCGAAAAUCAAAGAGCUUGCCAGAAUGAUGGUUGACACACCGUCGGAAUCUGGCAUCGAAGGCGGCGAACCAUUGCCCGUCAACAUGCUUUGGCCACUACUCAUGCUCGGGUCAGAAGAGGAGGAUUCUCAAGAACGACUCUGGAUCAGAAGUCAGAUAUGCAGAAUGCAGGAAGUGGCCACCAACGCAGAGAUGACAGCACAAGUCUUGGACGAGGUCCAGAAGAUGCAAGAUUCGACAAAGACACGGGUCGACAUUCGCAGUAUCAUGCACAAGAUCUUUGAUGCAUGCUUUGCCAUUGUGUGA